CUGUGGUUCGUCUAGGACUCCCAAAGGCGAACGGGCAGGUGACAGAUUCGCCGGGAUAUCGUGCUUCUCGUGCCUUGUUUUUUUCUCGCCGGACCCGAUAUGAUAGCGAUUAUUAAUCGGGCGACUACGCGCCGGACGCUUUCAUAGGCGCGAUCCGAGCUAUAAAUAUCGGGAUAAAACGCGCGGCGGGAUUUAAAUUUGGAGCGUAAUCGGGCGGAACAGCCGGCUCGACGAGGCGUGGAGGACGACGGCUAUUUUAAAACGAUAUCGGAAGGACCCUUUUUAUGACGGAUUCGGCGCGAGGCGACACUUCGGUGCGAUCGACGUUUCUCGAGGAUACCUUCGCCCAUCUUCGCCGUAACAUCAUUUAAUAUGGGGAUAAUAUUGUCGAGAUUUCGGAAAAAGAAGACGACAAUUGAAAUUUUAGAGAAUCUUGAUGCCCAAAUCAAAGAGAUUCAACGAUAUGGACAGACUACAGAACAGAGACAUAAGAAGAUAGUGGGAACUAUCAUCAUUUAUGGAGUUGUUCUUUACAUCAUGAUAGCAUUCAUCUUUUAUUUCUGUUUCUUUCCAGCUUCAUUAUAUGAUCAGCUCUUUUAUAUAACACCAUUAUUAUUUUUCCCAAUUUUAAUCCUUUUAACAAAGAAAAUGGUUUCAUGGUACUAUAAUCGUAAAAUUACUCAUAAUCAGGAAAAACUAUCUACGAUUAUAUUAGAGAAAAAGAAAAUAUUAGAUGAAGUUACUGAAACAGAAACAUAUAAGAAAGCUAAAGAAAUAUUAUUAAAGUUUGCACCAGAUGAAUUAAACAUGACACCUUUAACUCCAAAGUUUACUCAAAAGUUGUCAUUGCCUACUGAAACACCUCGACGUCCUAUGCCACAGGCUAUAAUAUCUCCUCAACCUGGAUCUGUAGAAUUAAGAAGACGGCCCAUAUCUCACAAUACACAAACUGGUGUAACUGGCACUGCUUUAGUAACCCCCAGCAUUAAACCAAUUAAUCAGCUUCAAAUUGUUCCUGUUCCAUCUAAUGCUAGAAUAAUUAAUCCUGCUUCUAUAGGUUUUCGAUCACCAUUACCACGACCUGUGCUGCCACAACAAAGAACUGUAAUUGAUCGUUUGGUUGAUUACUUAGUAGGUGAUGGUCCUUCAAAUCGUUAUGCUUUAAUUUGUCGGCAAUGCGAAUCACAUAAUGGAAUGGCUUUGAAAGAAGAGUUUGAAUAUUUCGCAUUCAGAUGUUGCUAUUGUGGUUUUUGGAAUCCAGCAAGAAAACAAAAACCUUGUGCUCCAAAAUUAGAUUUUGAUAGUCCUGCUGGAACUUCGAAUACAUCUGAAGCCGAUCCUCAUGAUGCAAAUGAAGAGUCAAUAAAACUUACUGAAUUGGAAACAUGUACGCAUUCGGAUACAGAUUCGGAUAUUGAAGUAGUUGAAAGACCAGGUGAAAUGUCUGAUACUCAAGAAUCAGAAUCUAAGGAAUUAUUAAAUGAGUAUGAAUCUGAUAAGAUAGAGACGUGACGCAGUACUCAUAAUUUUUGUAAUUGAAUAAUUAGCCUGAGGGUGAAAAAAAUGUUUGUAAAUCAGAGUUUCAAGUAAGUUUAAAAUUUAAUAAAGAAAAAGAAGAGAAUAUGAAAUAGGAGAAAAAAAUGAAACAUAAAUGGUGAUGAAAUAAAACAAAUUAUAAAAUAAUACAACACACAAUUAUACACAUACACAUAUAUAUAUAUAUAUACAUGAAUAAUUUGGGAGAAAAAUCAAGAUUUAUCUUAUAUUACAAAUGUAAUUGUGAAUUGAAAUAUCGCUUUAUAAUAUUGGAAA